AAGCACUGCCACAACCACGGACGUGGCCACUGGAACUAGGUUAGGUAAAUCUACUGGGUUAGGAGGCAGCAGUUUUCAAUCAACAAUUCUUAUGAAGCAGACGUGUCUGUAUGCCUCAAGCUGCCAUUGAUGGCGCAAUGAUUUAGUUUCACAUCGAUCACAUUCGUUUCUGGCCUACCUGUCAUCUCUCGCCUGCUGGUGCUGCCACGAUGGCCGGCGACGAGAGCUCGAAGUUCGCUUCUGUCUGCUUUAUCACUUCCUUCUUAUGGCUUUUGCAUUCGCUUGACAGACACUCACUGAUAGAUCAACCACGGUUGUCGGCGUUCCUUGUAUUAUUGGUUUCGGGAGGUGUGGCUUUCGCCUUGAGCUUUGUCUCAAAACAACUUCCUGGUGCAGAUGGCAGAUUUGAUUCAGAGGCCGUUUUCAAGGACAUCAAAUCAUCAUUGCCGCAAAGACCAAGGAAACAUUACAUUCCUAGUAUUGUUGUUCUCAUUGUGAUUCGGCUUGAGAUCUUGUGUAGAGUAGUGUAUGAUCUUCAAUGUACCGUUCAAGGCGUUGAGGCAUUUCUACCCUUUAUCUUGGCUGGCUAUCAGUUCUUCUUUGAACGAAAGCAAGCUACUGUUCCCAAUCCGGGCGAACUGGAGGAUCCAUGGGGCAGCGUCUGGGACGACUUUAUUGAAUGGCUUAACAAAGCACAAAUCCCUGUGCUUUUCGUCACUCUUCUCCUUAGCUAUGGCGUCUUUCUGGGUGCGGAUUUUGUGCCCAAGUCGUCAUAUUUCUGCUCAACAAGGUCAGAUGGAGCCCUUUUGGUCAUUUUCCUUCAAUGGGCUGGCGUGUUCUUAGACGCUGCCAUCAUUGUUCUGAUAUGGAGAGUUCUCUCCUGGACGAAAACCACGAAGAGUCGACUGCAGAAGCUCGGCAGUAUUCUAGCGAUGUCUUCCCUCGCGACUGGGGUUUUGUGGCUCUUCGCUGGGGUUUCCCAGUCCUCUUCCACUUUGACCGGCAGCCAUUUCCUAGGUCUAAACACCAUAUUCGCCUUUGACGUUUUUAGUAACGGCAUUGCCUGUGCCGUGGCCGCCAUCUCUGCAACACUGUGGAUAUGUGAAGCCGCACCUUUACCCCUGGCCGGUACAGCCACAUUUAUAUGUGGUACUAUAUCUGCAUUUCACGAGAUUCUACUCUUCGGAACAUAUCAGCAAACAUCUCGGCUCCUGCCCUUAAUAGUUCUACAACUAAUUACAACAAGCUUUUCCGUGUUCACGUAUACUGCUAGCAUGCGGUCAGUAUUGUAUAUCCCAAGAGUAUUGCUUAUACUCAUGGCUCUCACGUUGUUAGCCAUUGGCACAAUCACUGCAAUAAUUAAAAAGCCAAUGGUCAGUCGUCAUCCUGUUGAAGAACUUAUCUACAGAAAUCGGGUCGAAGCGGAUCGAUGGCUACGACAUGCGACAGUUAGUACCACUCUGCAUCUUGCUGUGUCUGAGUACAAAGAGCGACAUCAGGGCCGCAACCCGCCAGCGAACUUUGAUAAAUGGUUCGAGUUUGCGUCAGAGAGGAACUCUGUCAUAGUUGAUAAGUUUGAUCAAAUGGAAACCGACAUUCUGCCUUUCUGGGGCAUGAAGCCCUCCAAGAUAAAAGAAGGGUUGGAUAUUGCUAGAGCACUGCCAGAUGUCGGCGUCAUUACAGUCGCUGGAGGAAAAGCCUCCCAUAUUGAGCGCGAGGACCUGUCGCAAGAUAUGAUGCUUGACGAAUCUAUUAAUAUGAUUGAGAAAUUCGCCCAGUUUCUACCAGAUAUGGAGAUUGCCAUCAAUCUUCGGGAACGACCACGGGUUUUAGUCCCCUGGGAUGACGCGCAUCGGUUGACAGAGAAAGGGUCAAAGCCGAUAUCAAAGCUGGAGAAAGUGCUCCCACAAGCUUUGACGAGGCGUCAGGCAGAAAAUGAUGGCGCAAUCAGGGAAGUUACCCCCGUGGAACGCCAGGUUUCUCAAAACCCAGCAACCCAUGUGGCCGCUCAAGAUUUCCGUUAUCUCCAGGCUUUAGCUUGCCCACCUGGGUCAAAAACUAGAGCUGGUGUGACUUGGAAUUUUCGGGAUCACUGUGCAUCAUGCUCUGACCCGCAUUCCCAGGGGCAAAUCUUGCGGGACUGGGAGCAUUCUCUCGACCCCUGUCAUCAGCCCGAUAUCUUCAACCUUCAUGAUUUCCACACCACACCACACCAGUUUGACCUUCACCAGGACCUCUUACCUGUCUUCAGCAGGUCGAAAACUAGCAGCUUUAAUGACAUACUGAUGCCACUGGUCCGACUCGACGAGGACGAGAAAGUCGACGAGACGCGUUUCGACGCGAAAGAGAAUAGACUAUUCUGGCAGGAAUAUCCUCAAGACCAGCCCGCAACGCACGAAUCAGUCCACGGCGGACAUAGAAACCGUCUUGUCCACCUGCUUAACAACGCUACCGCUUUUGACAAGCGGUCCAUGCUGCUCGGUGUCAAGGUAGGCAAGGAGACCAUGUACGCCUACGAACAGAUCGGCACUCGCGAGGUCAAUAACCUACUCUCCACCGACAUCUCGUACGCUCUCCCAACAACCAAGCGGUGCGAGAACGCAAACUGUCAGCUCGCGCUGCACGAGUCGUUCGCGUUUAAGACCGCGGCGGGCAAGGCCACAGCGACGAACCGGUACAUCAUGCUCCUCGACACCUCGGAUGGCCCUUCGUCCGACACCCUGCCGGUGCUCCGAUCGAACGGCGUGCCCUUCAUCUCCACGAUAUUCCGCGAGUGGUACACGGAGCGCCUGAUGCCCUGGACGCACUUCGUGCCCAUCGACAUCCGCUAUCACGGGCUGCACAGCACGCUGGCGUACUUCGAGGGCCUCAAGGGCCGGGGAAAGAUCAACGGCCGCGAGCAGGUCAUGGAAGAAAGCAAGGCGGACGCCAGGUGGAUUGCGGAGCAGGGCAGGAAGUGGGCCGAGAAGGCCAUCAGGAAGGAGGACAUGGAGGUUUAUUUGUUCAGGUUAUUAUUAGAGUGGGGCAGGGUCAUCAGUGAGGAUAGGGACAGCAUCGGGUUUGUACUAAAAGAAGGUACUUAGAGAUAUCGGUGUUGGUUAUUCACAUGGAGUGGUAUUGUUAUUUUAUGCAUACGGGGACACAAAUUCAAACAGGUACAGCACGGCACAGUCUCGCUGGAAUCAAGAAUAGAAGCAAUCAAUGGGAUGCAGCACCCAAAUUGCUGUGCUUAUUGGUGAUAUUAGAGCAACAAAGAAACAAUUGUCUCAACAAUAACAUUUGAAAAUACAUAUCAAUU